AUGACAGCGUUCGAGGAGCUCGGGAUGCUACCCGAACUGGGCAAAGCAGUGGACGAGAUGGAGUGGACGUUGCCCACGGAUAUUCAAUCGGAAGCAAUCCCAGCGAUUUUGGGCGGCGGUGAUGUGCUUAUGGCAGCUGAAACGGGUAGCGGUAAAACGGGCGCAUUUUGCUUACCCGUUUUACAGAUUGUUUGGGAGGCACUUCGUGAUUCGAUGCUUGGCAAAACGCAUAAACCAGCAACUUUGGUCGGUAAGCGUCUUUAUUUUUUUGUACAUUUACGAAACGAUAAUCUGGCUGUUGAUCCGGAUGGCUUGUUGUGUCAGAGUCGUGAUCCAAAAGCAUGGAACGGUGCACGCUGUACACGUGGCGUUCUUGGCAAAGGCACCGAUAGUAAUGGUUUUGGUUAUGGUGGUACUGGCAAAAAGAGUACCAAUAAGCAGUUCGACAACUACGGCACAUCAUUCACUCUUGGUGACACGAUCGGUUGUAUGCUUGAUCUGGACAACAGCACAAUUGCAUUCUCAAAAAAUGGCAAACAUCUGGGCAAAGCAUUUGAUAUUCCGCAAAAACUCAAAAAUACAGCCCUUUUCCCGGCAGUGGUUUUGAAGAAUGCAGAGAUUCGUUUCAAUUUUGGCGAUUCCGAAUUCAAAAAUCUGCCAGAAGGCUAUAUCGCAGUCAGUAAAGCAGAAUCUGAGAACGUGCUUGUAUCACCAAAUGGUGUAUCAUCGAGUGCACCGAAAAAAGUUGCCGAACCGAAUGCUCCGGCCUGUAUCAUAAUCGAACCAACCAAAGAACUGGCCGAACAAACUAAUGGCCAGCUGGAAACAUUCAAGAAAUACCUUAGUAAACCAUCGAUUAGGAAUGCCUUGGUAAUUGGUAGCAUACCGAUGGGCGAACAAAUGCGCCUAAUCUCAUCCGGUGUAGACAUAAUUACCUGUACCCCUGGACGAGUGGAAGAUCUUAUUCAGAGCGGUAAAAUUUCCCUCUCAAAUGUUCGGUUCUUCAUCCUCGAUGAAGCUGAUUCACUGAUAUCAGCAAAAACCCAUCUGCCGACAAUUGAACGUAUUCAUGCGGCACUACCAAAAAUAACUGCUUCCGGUGAACGCCUGCAAAUGAUUGUCUGCUCGGCAACGCUUCAUAAUUUUGAUGUGAAAAAACUCGCGAGAAAGAUGCGUGAAAAGCAGGAUUAG